AUGUCUCUCAGGCUCUUUACCUCAGCCAUCUUGCUUGUUGCACCAGUCCUGGCCAAGACAGACCUGGCAGGCUGCACGCAUUCCGACUCGGUUGUCACGCCGGCUGGCGGCUCCCCAUACGCUACACGGAUCUGGUUCGUCGAGGAUACCGGCGAGAUCUGCGAGUUCCUGGAUUGCGGAGGCGGCCGCGCGCCGCCCAAGACGACAGUACCCGGGUGCGGUUCGUAUGAGGGCACCGACACUUACAGCCCGCGCUUCCUCGCCCCUAGAACGACAUCAAUCGCGGUCGCAAGCACGUCUGAGGCCAUCCCUGAAGCUCCCAAUACCGAUGCACCCUCUCUGGAACCGAUGCCGAGUGGCUCAGCGGAAGCUGAUAGCCUUUCUACUUCUCAUAUUGUAUCGACCGAAGAGGCCCUGGCGUCGACCCAGUCAUCAGAGGCAUCUCAGGUGCUCUCGGGGCCCCAGACAUCUACAGCCAUUGUUACGACUGCGACGAAGACUUCAACGUCGGAAACUACCAGCGAAAGCGAAGGAACGGGGGCAAGCAGCCAGGUGUCCGCCACGGAGACGCCCAACGCGGCCAAUGCCGGAAACAAGGGGAUGAUUGGGCUCCUUGCUGGAGCUGCCAUGGGCGCAGUCCUGCUGUAA